GCCUCCUUCGCUUCCACUCGCCUCCCAAACCGCGGGACUCUUUUUUGGCGGAGGGAUUCGGCGCGACGGGUCACCGAGUGUCACAGAAAUUAUAAAUUUUUUGAGGCGGUUUUUGUUUUUCCCGGGCACCUUUUUCCCGAGACCAGAACCGAAUAACAGCGGCGCCCGGGCGGGGGCGAGCAGUUUUUGGCCGCCGUUGGCCGCGCGGCGCUGGAUGUAGUGCCGGCCGGGCGGGCGAGGCGCGCGGUUCGGUUGCGGCGGGCCAUGGCGGAGCGGCGGCGGGCGGCGGCCGCCCAGCUCUACGGCCGCCUGCUCCAAAUUUAUGAUGAAGGAAAGAAAAGUAUCCCUGAACAUCCAUAUCUCUUUGAGACAGAUGUGGAGAUCCAUUUGAUGGGUGGUAAUUGCAAAAGUCCUGCUGAAAGAUUUUGGAGUGGAAACAAUAUGAUAUAUAUUUUGCAAAAAGCAGGACAAAAUGAAGAAAGUGACCUGAUGGAAGAAUCAAAAGCAGAUGAUGCUAUUUAUGACUCUGAGCUUUUACAAAAGGAGAGUUCUGGACCAGUUCCUCUUUCUGUUAGAAGAGCAAAGCAGUUGAUUUCACUAUAUACAAUGGUACAAAAUCCAAACAUGACCCAUUUGAAGAUAAGCAAACCAGUUGUGCUUCCUCCGCUCUGGAUAAGGUGUGACAGCUCUGAUCCUGAACAUACUUGUUGGCUUGGGGCUGAGCCUCUCAAAAAUGGAAACAAAAUCACAGGGAUCUACUUGCAUAUGGUUACAUGUGAUGGUCCUACAGCUGAUAAAACCUGUUUUGCCAAUCUAGAAGAGCUCAAAAUGGCACACAAGAUCAAACAUCAUUCAUCUGUGGUGAUGACAAAAGGCUUUGCUCAGUAUGAACUUAUCAGAGCUGCUGCAAUAGAGGACACUCUUGUAGAAUCUGGAAGUAAUAUAUAUAUUGAUAUUACAUGGAAUACUGUAGAUAAGAUUCUGCAGACUCCUCCGCUCACUUCAGCUGCCACACUGAAUAUUACACUGGAAUCUGGGGACCCCAGAAGUCCUGUAUAUCAGCUAUAUAGAGAACUCCAGUUUCUCCUUGCUUUGGCAGAAGGUUUGAAGACAGGUGUGACUGAGUGGCCUGAGCCCUUAGAAUCUGAAUCAGCUGUUGAACUUGUCCAGGAAUUUCUGACUGAUUUAAAGAUGAAACUGGAUGGAUUCUGUACAUUGGGAAACAAGAAUGAGACAGAGAAAAUUAAAUGUGACACUGCAGCAGUGGACAGUUCAAUAAAAUCAAUCUUCAGUGAGCGAGGAGACCUGGAUUUUGCUGAACAAUUAUGGUGCAAAAUGAGAAGCAUCAGUUCUUAUCAAGAGUUGGUAGAAUGUUUCACAUUCAUCAUAAGAUCCCUGGAACAUGGCGAGAUACAGCCAUGGAUUCAUCAAGGGAGUAGCAGUUUGCUAAGUAAAUUGAUUCAACAGUCUUAUCAUGGAAAGAUGGAUGACGUUUCCCUCAAUGGUAUCACUCCCAUUCAAAUGCUCUUGGAGAUUGGUUUGGAUAAGAUGAAGAAGGAUUAUGUCAGUUUUUUCAUAGGCCAGGAACUUGCAACAUUAACCUACUUGGAUUACUUCAUUUCCACAUCAGUAGAUCUACAAGAGCAAGUUCGUCGCGUUCAAAAACUUCACCAUAUGCUGGAAAUAAUGGUCAGCUGUACAGUCUUACUUCAGUUUAAACAUGAGAACCUCUUCCCUUUGACACAAACUUGUAUCAAGUAUUAUAAGGAAAACCCUCUAAAUGAGAAGCAUGCAUUUCAGCUGCCAAUCAGACCAGGUCUCGUCAAGAAGUUCUAUCAAAAUGACCAUCCAGAAAUAUGGAAGGUGGACAUAAUUAGUGGGCAUGGACAGAAGGAGGUUAAAACAACGUGGCAAGUUAGUACUCACCCCCCAGCUGAACAUAUGACAUCCAACAAUAUAGGUCUUCUUUGCGAUUCCACAGUUAAUGGAGACAGUGAAGAAAGAAUGUAUUUUAUUACAAUGGCUAAAUGCAGUCAGGUGCAUUUCACGUAAAUGCAUAUUGCUCUACAAGCAGGCGCUUGCAAGGUACAGUAAAGGGGAAAGUUUAGUAUUAUUUGUAUCCCAGCAGUACAUUUAGAAAUGUUCUGUGAUUCAAAGAACAGCACAUUUUCUUAUUUGUUUUGGUGUGCUUAGUGUGACGUCUGCAGCUAUGAUUCAACUGUACACAUAUAGUUUGUUUAUAAAGACUGUACAAUUAUGAAUAGACCAUAUAAUUGCUUUGAAAAUAUAUUAGGUUUUUGGUUCAUAAAUUUACAUACUUUCAAUAAAGUUCUACACUUUGGGAUUUUAAAUUUUACUGAUUAAGAGUGCAAUCAAACGCUGUUCAUAGUAUGAAUUAUUUUAACCCAACAAAACAACCAAUGUCGUCACUUUUUUUUUCUGCUGUCAUGUGACAUUUCAUCACCCAGAUAUAUUUGGAAAGCUGUUCAUCUAGUGCAUUGUGAACUUCUGACGGACGGUUUGGUUUUCUCUGUCCUGUAUUUAUCAAAUUUAUCAAAUUAUUUUUCAAAUUAAGUUUCUCCUUCAAUGGAAAGUAAAUUAUUUUAACUGUGGUUUCGUAUAUACUUUUUCAUCAUUUUCUGAAGCGAUGUUCAGUGCAAUUGGUUGGGCAUUAUCAUUUAAAAAUGUUGGGAUUAAUUAGAUACUGUGUGAAAUCUUUUGGUAGUAUAACUUUAAACAGUUACAUAGUAUAGUAUAUGCUUAUUAAUUAAUUUGAGAAGGAAGCCUUUUGCAUAUAAGAAACAAUAGCUAUUGACAUUUAAGAAUAAGAAAAAUCUCAAUAUUCCUGCUUUUUAAAAGCUGUUAAAGUCCUACUAUUUGUGAUUUCUUCUCGGUAAACCUUAGUUCUUGCCCCUUUCCUAAUAUUACAUACUAAAAGAGCAACUAUCAGUUUAACAGUCAAAGCUUUUGAAUAGAAGCUAAGAAAUAGGUCUUUUCUGUAUUUGUAUAUUUUGCUUUGCAUUCAGUAUAUGCAUGUGUAGUGUUGAAACUGUAGUGCAAGCUAAACGGGAAACUUGUUUGUUAAUUUGCUUUAGAGGAAUAAUUUCAAGCCCAACAAAAAGAGGAAGUUGGAUGUAUUCUGGAACAAAAUUUUUUUUGUAAUCGUGUUUAACUUGUUUCUGGCUGCAGUAGGACUGAAUUUGAGGUGGAAUGUUGAAUUCUGAAGUGCUUGGAUUACUUAUUUUACACAUUCCUAGAUGCAAUAUAUUAUAAUAAAGAAAAAGUUGUAUGAGAUAGACCUAGUCCCCUAUAAACAGAAUUAGAUACAAGGAUUCCUUGGUAUAAAUCUGACAGUGCAGUUGCCGUCUUUGAUAAACCGCUUUGACUAUUUCUUCUUCAGACCUCAGUAGUAAGGCGUAUAUUAUCCUUACUUUUACACAUGAAAGUAGGAGUUAAUACAUAAGCAAUGCCUUCGGAAUUUUUAAACCAUAUUUCAUUUGAAAGUUAUGUGUCUGUGUCUUUUUAAAUAGUAGUUGUAUGAUAAUUAAAAGUAUAUUGAUGAACAGACUGAAAACAGAAUUUGCAAAAAACAGCCUUUAAUCACUUGAAAUUUAUCUCAGCAAGAUCUGAAUCAUUUCAUUCUUAGCUGUAUAAUAGUUUCCAAAAUAAGAAGCAUAAAGUCUGCUACUUAAAAUUAAUAGAAAAUAAUACAAAAAACAAAUGUACUUUGGGUGUUGAUUAAAAUCGUCUUAACUAUGUUUUGUGAAUUGAAUAUAAAAAAACUAUAGUAGCAGUAUGUAGACAUAGGUAAAGUAAUAUUUCUUUAUCAUUAUUACAGUGCUACAAAAAUAGGCAUCUGUGGUAAACUUUAAUCAACGUAAUAAAACUAGCAUUUUAUUUAUUAUACAAAAUGAAGAUACUAUGUGUAAGCAUGUAAUCUUAGCUAUGAUUUUGAAGGACAAACAUUAGUAGGACAGCACUGAUAAGUAUGCAGAGUGUGAAAACUAUAGGAACCACAAUCUCUGUCACCAUUUCCAUGUGAGUAAUCAAGGGAUCUAAAAUUUGAGAAAUGAGUAGUAUAAGAAAGUUAAUCUUCUGGAAUAUAUUCAUUAUUAAGUUAAGGCUUUUUGAAUGUUUAAGGAAAAAAUUAUUUUGUUAAAUGUUGAUAUUAGCAUAAACAUCAAUCAAAACAAAAAAAACCAUUUUCACAAGUCUGUAAAAGUUGGAGCAAGUCUGUGACAGGUUUUCCUCAUUUUUCUUUGAGGUACAUUUUUAAAGAUAGGUCAGUUCUCAAAGGACUGCAGAAAUUGUGCUUAUUGCAAAUUAGUGCAUUAGCAGUAUUCUGCUCCUCCUUUAGUUUUCAAGGGAAGAGUAGAAACAAAAAUUGUCAAAGAAUAACUCUUAGGAAGCAAUCUAACCCUUUGAGGAGUGCACUGAAACACUUUGGAAAAUAAAAUGGGUUUUAUUUUGUAGAAUUUUGCUCUGCAUAUAAGUCUCAAAGCAUUUAGUAAGCACAGCUCAUUCAAACAAAACAUCAUGUUACUCAUCAAUUGAGGCUAUGUAGGACAAAUUUAGGAACACUGCUUGGAGUAUUUCUACUGUGAGGUAUUUACCUCAUCCUUCUUAUAAGAUUUUAUACUAUUUAUCUCAUCUUUCUUAAAAGUUUCAGAAAUCCACUGCUGUAGACUAUUUUGAUAGUUCAGGAAUUAUGAAAGGUCCUGAAUUACACUGGGAGGGUCUUUAGUGAGAUUGAUCAGCCUGGCACUGUGGAAAUCCAGGCAAGGUCUGCUGUAUUUAUGUGUACUUAAGCAGCUGCUGAAGUUGUGCUGUUGUCAGCUUUGUUACCAGGAGUAUGAAAGAGCAGAAAGGUGGCUUAAUGCUAUGCUAGGCUGAUAUUUAACCCCCCUUUGUUAUAGUUUUGUUCUAUGCGGAGGCCAAACAUUGGAGAGCUUUUCUGUCUGAAUGGUUGCCUUGAAUUGUCUGGUUUUGUAUUAUUUUCAUAAGAACACUUAGUCCUUUUAUUUUAAGGAAAAUACUGUCAUCCCUACCCUUGUUUUUAAAUAGUAACUCUUACAGUUUGUGAAUUGUAUUAAAAUUCAAAUUUGAUCCAUUUAGUUAUAGUGAUUUUAGCUAGCGAGAAUAAGUUAAGGCAUUUUUCUUUGGAGCCUGUUGUAUCUUAAAGCUGUUGUGCUUUCAAAGGGAAAAUUUCUUUUAGGAUCCACUAGUAGUAGUAUUCACAGAUAUGUUUAACAUCUGGUAGUUACGUAAGAUGCUUUUAUAAAGCAAAUAAAAAAGAAUAACCAUAAUUACCUGCAGCAAGGAGUUGGUUUGUGAUAGAGCAAGUGUCCAUUGCCUUCUGAUACCAACUUUCCACCUGAGAAGAUUGGCAUGCUAUCAGUAGUUGUAUUAAAUUGUAAAAUAUUCUGUCUCAUUCACAGCAGCUUCUUUUCUGUGUCUGAACUCUUGUCCACAACAAUUCACUUGAAACUAUUUUAUUCUAUCAAUAUAUGAUUUUCUGAAACUUUGUUUGUGUCUUGGUGAUUUUUAUUGCAAUAUGUUAGUUGCUUGAUAAAAUAAAAAUAAUGAAUAAAGCAUUAAUAUAUUCCGUAUAUGGUGCAAUUAA